AUGUCCACUCCAGCUGAAACCUCUUUUGCCGAACUUAAGGCAAUCACUAGGCAGAUUGUUGAUAUUGUCCGCACGGCUCGGCUGCUCCCACCUGGCAACAGCCACUUGGCUCUGAAAGCACAAGUCACUGAACUGGUGGCUAAGGCCGUCUGGGACCAUGAGGAUGCACCUUGCAUUCUGGGCAUAGUCUUGUCCUGCUCCAAGGAGUUACUUUGCGUUUGGCACAUGUCCCCCCAGGUUUGGCCCAACUGGCACAGCAUCGGCCAUAACGAUCCUUGCCUCCAGAAGCACAGCUGGUGCCACAAGGUCUUCGCCUGGGAGGCAUUAGGCGACCAGACAUUUGAUCUUCCCCUUGAGGCCCCCAAAUCCCCUGACACUGUCGCCAUUGACCUUCCCUCCCCACCUGUCGUUGCUGGCAGCAUUGCCAGCCCAUCUUCCGGCACUAUUGCCGAGUCCCGGGAGAAGCGUAAGGAUAAGGGUAAGGGUAAAGUGCUAGAUGCUGACCCAGAACCUGAGGUGGACAGGAGUAGGAAGAGGAAAUCACCCCUGAUUUUGGGACUCUCCUCCCAACCGCUGAAAUCUGCGAUGAAGAGUCACAAGAGGGCAAAGUCAGCUCGUGUUGUGAAGUCGUCCGAGUUUGUGGAGUCCAAGGAUGAACAUGAAGACAAGCCGGCUGCCCAAGGAGGGCCGGUCGUCUUAGUUUAUCAUCUCACCUCAGUCUCACCCCAGAUCCCCAAGAAGGCACCUUUCGGCCCUGCAAAGGUAAUUGCUGGAAGACAUCCAGAUGUCAUCGAGCACACGGACUCAAUGUCCAACACCCCCGUGGUCACCCCAGUGGUGGCGCCAAUUGUCAUCAAUGGCCCUGCCGGAAGCCAUCCAGAAGUCAUUGAGCACACGGACUCAACGUCCAACACCCCCGCAGUCACCCCGGUCAUGGUGCCAACUGUCAUUGAUACAGAUGACAUUCUCAUUCCCAGACCCAUGAAACAACCCAUGCUGGGCUUGCAACAAUGCGGAGUUGCCCUGCAUGACCUGUUUCAACAAGAGGACUGGGAACGGCCUUCUCUCCUGUGUUUUCUGCAACACAAAGAAGGUAAAGUGUUUUUCUGUCACCCUCAGAAGUCCACUGAAAUGGUCACGGGUGCUGCUGGAACUACCAGUGCCAGUGCUGCUGGUGCUGCCGGAACUGCCAGUGCGUCUGCUGUGACCACGCCUAAGACGCGCAGUCACAGCAAGACAAUAACUGCUGUCAAGGCACCCGCCCCACCACCUACACCCUCACCUGCACCAGCUCCAAUUGCAUCUUUGAGUGCCCGCAUGCCUCGUGCGGCUCUCAAUGUCCCCAUGCUGGACCUCCAUUCCAUGGCAAUGAGUAUUCAUGAUAGUGCUGGACACAUCAAGGCUCUCAAGGAUCUUGUUGCCGAGCAGGGCAGAUGUAUUGAUACCCUCACCAGGCUCCAUGAGAGCCUUCGAUGUGAAACCAUGGAACACCAUCCCUCAUUUCCCCUUCCCACUACUCCAGCAAAUGCAAUGUCUUUGUUGCUUGAUCAAUCCGUCACUGGAACAACGUCACCCUCCCAAUCCACACUCCCUCCUCUCAUCAAUCUUUUGAUGGCAGUGAUGGAGCCCACACCCUUGAAAAUUGAUUGUCCCAGAAUAUGA